AUGAACAUCUUUCUUACAAAUCUUGCAUGUGCUGAUCUGCUGAUUUUACUUUUCUGCCUUCCACCGACAGUUCUUAAUGAUGUCACAAAAACAUUCUGGCUUUCGACGUUUUUUUGUAAAUCUAUGAUCUUCAUACAGAACACCUCCGUCUAUGUUUCCAUUAUCUCAUUAGUUUUUAUAACUUUUGAACGAUGGCGAGCUAUUACGUGUCCUCUGAAACGUCCGGUCAAAUCAACUCGAUACGUGAUUGCUGGAACAUGGAUCAUAUCAUUACUGUUAUCUCUACCCGAACCUGUGACUGUCCAGUUGCAAUACGCCGAAUUUGAUCGUCAGAGUUUCCGAACGACGUGGGGUACUCAAUGUCGAGAAACGUGGUCAGCGUCAUUCCAACGAAACUACCAGAUAGUUCAGGCACUUCUGUCAUACUUCUUUCCACUCAUGUUUAUCAUCUGCCUGUGCUUCAAGAUGACAAAGACGUUAAACUAUUGUCAGUUAUCAAUGGGCCGACGACAAGUUAUGUAUCGACGAAAAGCUGUUCGUAUGCUAAUAGCGGUUGUUUGUCUAUUUGCCAUAUCAUAUCUACCUGUACAUCUAUAUAACAUUUCGCUAGCUUUCGAACUGCUGACGACGGAGGCCAGUGAAGAAUGGAUCGCUUUCCGGAAGCUCAUUCCACGAGUAUUCAGCUAUUCUUCGAGCUGCCUAAAUCCUGUUUUGUAUAAUUUCAUGUGUGAGAGUUUCCGAUCGUCAUUUGCUCAAGUUAUGUUCUGUCGUAAAGGAAAAUGUUUCUUAUCACGUACAUCGUCCACAUCUCCUGAUGAAUUUCAUACCGAAGCAUCGACUGCUGCUGCUGGUCUUUCCUCGACUCGCAGACAUCGAAGUCUAUCAGAUCGAAGGUCGCCUUUUCGAUUAGCCAUGGAUAAAAGCUUACUCACUCGAGAAGUUUAA